AUGGAUGUGGAUUCUGAAGAAAAUGACAUCUGGAAUUAUAAGUCAGUGGGAAAGGAGAAACCCCACAUGAACAGAAAGAAACAAAAUGCACAGGUUAGCAAAGCUGGCAAGAAGAAGCCUUUUAGCAGUACUGUCGUGAGUGUUGCUUCAGGUAGAAGGCAACUGGGUCAUUGUAAACUGUCACCACCACCUGCAGCAUGCUUCAAACCUCACACUGUGGGGUCAGCCAACUGUCUGUCCACUCCAAGGAAAUGUGUGUCUGUGCAGAGUCCUGGUAUUCAAAGUUACUUCAGUCCAUGUGGGGAGAAACGAAACAGCAAGAGAAGUAGUCCAAUAUCUGGGAAGAGUCUGUUUACAGAAUUUAGCGAUGAUGAACUGUCGAUUGUACAUGAAGAAAUUUUCACAAAGCAAAUGAAACUACUUGAGGAUACUUUAGCUGCUGAUUAUGUAUGUGAUGCCACUAGUGUGGCUGCUAUGAAUGGUUCCAUGAACAGUGAUAUCUGCGAAGAGUUCAUUCAUUCUACAGAACCGAAAGUGCUCUUGCACUGCACAGGUGUCAGAGGUCAAAGCAGGGCAGCAGUAGAGGAGAAGCUUGUGGAAUCUCACAGCACCAACAUUGAGCAUCAUGUAGGCAGUGGCAAUACGUGCAGCGUAGCAGCUUCCCUUGAAAGUGGAUAUGGUAGCUGUGUAGAGAAAUUACAUCAUUCUCUGAUGACCAGUAAUGACCAGCUUGCAUGUCCAGCCUCUGCUGUGUCAAGCAGUUGCUCUCUGGUGGAUGCUAGUGAUUGUGAUGUUGAAGGCACCUUUAGCCAUCAUACCUUAGGAGACAGAUGCAAACUGCUGACGUCGGGUGAGAUCUCUGACUAUGCACAGACUCCAGAUGCAGAAAAUGAUGGCCACUCAGCUCAGGUUGAUAAGCCUGACUUCAGGUGCAACACUCUUUCAGAUGCCAGUAUGGCUCAGGUUGAAGAAGACGUUGCUGUUAUGAAGACUAUGCUUAAUGUGACCUCACAGUCUAAUUCUGCCACUGUGACGGCACAGACUAAUUAUUAUCAUGUGGUGUCAAAGACGAAUUCUCCCGGUGUGACAGCACAGACUAAUUAUCCCAGUGCCAUUGACAAACAGUCCAUCCUGCCUAGUGUACAGAAACAGACAUCCAUUUUCUCCUUCUUUAAAGCGAGAGUUGGUUCUAGCAAAACCAUAGGAUUCAUGAGUAAAACAUUGAGCACUCUAUCAGGCCGUAGACAGACUUCUGGUGGCAAGUGCUCAAAAGUUUCAGAUCCAGUCUUUGGUCAGUGUCAGACAUCUGUGGUGACACCAUUCAAGGCAGUUAGCUCUGAAAGGCAGACUGUAAUCCCAUCAUCUUCAUAUGUGGAUGUUAGAGGAGUAAAACCAGAGUUAACUCAAGACAGCCAGCAACAGCAGCAGUACAGAGCAGCAGGAAAGAGACAGUGCCCUUUCUACAAAAAGAUCCACAACACAGGGAUCACCGUGGAUGCUUUCAGCUACGGCAUAGUGCCAGGAUGCCAGGCUUACAUUUUGACACACUUUCAUUAUGAUCACUAUGGGGGCCUGACUAAGAAGUUUGCACAACCCAUCUACUGCAGUCAGGUAACUGGGAACCUUGUAGAGCACCGUCUAGGUGUGGAUAAACAGUGGAUUCACCGCUUACAACUGUGGAUACCUUACCAGGUGGCUGGGGUUACCUUAACUUUGAUGGAAGCUAACCAUUGCCCAGGUGCUGUUAUGGUCUUGUUUGAGCUCAAAGAUGGAAGAAAAGUUUUGCAUACGGGAGAUUUCAGAGCCAAUCCAUUGAUGGAGUCAUACCCCAUGCUGAAAGGUGUCAUCACCUCGGAUGUGUAUCUAGAUACCACAUAUUGUGAUCCUGCAUACACCUUCCCCACGCAGCAUGAUGUCAUUAACUUUGCUGUAUCUCUGGCAUUGAGCCACGUGGCUCGCAAUCCUAACACGUUGGUCAUAUGUGGCACCUACACAAUAGGCAAGGAGAAAAUUUUCACAGCCAUUGCUGAAGCACUCAGAAGCCGGAUUUGUGUCACUAGAGAUAAGAAGAAAGUCCUUGAUUGCCUGGAUGAUCCAGAGCUGCAGACUAGGCUGACACUGGACUGGUCUCAAGCACAAGUUCAUGUCUUACCUAUGGGCAAGCUCAACCAGCAGGCACUUUUUGAGCACCAUGCACGUCACCCCAAGUUUACCUCUGUGCUGGCUCUAGAGCCAACUGGUUGGAGCCACAGUAGUAAGGUAUCCCUGGAGAGACUGGGCCCCAAGUGGAGCCGCAACAAUGUGACUCUUUAUGGCAUUCCUUACAGUGAGCACAGUAGUUACCUGGAACUGAAGCGUUUCAUCCAGUUUGUCCAGCCAAAGAAAAUCAUUCCCACUGUCAACAACGGUAGUCCUGCAGUACGCAAGAAAAUGGAAGAUAUUUUCCGCUCAUGGACUCAAGACAAUCCCAGCAGUCGGGGAGCUUUGUUGAGUCCACCUCAAGGCAUCUAG